AUGGUGAAAAGAAGAAAAAGACUCAAAUAUGCAUCCGAACAACCCUCGAGCAAUAGUAAACGCUUCAAGAGUGAAUCGGUACCGCACAAAGAUGAUAUUGAGAACUCAGUUCCUGAGAAUAAUAUUUCGGAGAUUUUAUAUGGCCGGGAAAAGGAAGUGGCUUUGCUGGAAAAGCUUCUCCAUGAAGGCAUAGUCAGUCAGUGUCCUAUAUCAGUCUUCGUAUCCGGACCACCAGGCACUGGUAAAACCUUGGUUGUUAAAACAGUCCUACAACAUAUGUUGUCACAGCACAGUGUUCAUUCUAUAUAUAUUAACUGUGCUUCGGAAAAUACUGAACGGGAUAUAUUAAUCGCAGUGUUAAACGAUUAUGGUAAAUCGAACAAAGGGCUUUCUGUAAAAAAAUUAUUUACGGAGUUUCACAAAAUGCUUGCCAAAAUGAGCAAACAUACUAUUCUCGUGCUCGACGAAAUAGAUUACAUAAUACCGAAAGAUCGUAAUUUUGUUUGUUCGAUGUUCCAAUGGCCUGUCCUUUAUGAGAAUAUUUCACUUAUCGGUAUUGCUAACACUUUAGAUAUGAUGGAAUUGUUGAAGCAUAAAUUGAAAUCUGUACCAGAACUGAUCGUUUUUGCUCCAUACACUGAAGUCCAAUUACAGUUUAUAUUGUCAAAGAAAUUGGAAACUAAUGAUGGUGGGAAUAUGAUCGAACUUUGCGCUCGAAAAGUGGCUGCGAUAACAGGAGAUGCGCGAAAAGCAAUACAAAUUGCGCGACGUUCACUUUCGAUACAUCUAUCAAAUAGAAAUACUUGUCGAAAUGUCUUUGGAACGCUAAGUAGUGUUUAUGGUUCUCCAUUGCUGCAAUCGAAAAUACCUCUACAGCAAAAAAUCCUUUUGGCAACGAUGCUUCGUCUCACUGGUGAAAAUUCCUCCAUCAUAGUUGAAAAAGGUUGUCUCUUGUCGACUUAUAAGAAACUAUGUGAACUUCUACUACUCCCAGCACUUGAAGUGGAUGAAAUACAGGAAGCAUUAUCAUUGCUUGAGUCACAGUCAAUUUUGAAACUGAAAUCUUCGUCAUAUCAAUUGCUGGUUGAUAAAGCAACAGCCCAUAAAAUGAUUGCUGAUUCUUCACUGCUUUCACAGAUUAAUAUAGUUUGUUUAGAUGAGAAUUAG